GUAGUCGUGUGUUCGUCCUUGUCUGAAUGUGUUAUGAUUUCUCUUUUCUCAGUUAUUUUAACUGAAAAAGACUGAAAACACGUUAUAUAGGUCUAAAAUCUAGAUAUAUACCGGUGGGAUAAGCUUCAGGAGUCUGGUGUUUUAUGUCUUCAUGGAUUGUGGUCCUUCAUAAGCUUACAUAAUGUUGGGCAGGCGGAUUCCCUUUAAUCAGAUUGCGUUUGCAACGCUGGUUGGAGUGAUAGGAGGUGUGUAUAUUUACAGACCUAUGUUUGAACCUCUCAGAAAACCUGCAGCUGAGGAACUCAAGCCUGAUCCAGAAGAGCUGAGAGCAGAAACUGCAGGACAGAAUAAGGACACUGGAGCUCCAGAAACACACACACACACAGACUGAAUGAGACUUAGUGCUGAAGGAUUUCUAUUGCUGUAUUCUUUGUAAGGAUGUCUCUAGAAGAUUAUAAAUAAAAAUGCAUUAUUGGCAAUGCAAAUAAAGAAAAAAUGUUAAUAUAAAAUA